ACGAAGAAUUGUGUAAGACAGAGGGCAUUUUGUAAGAAUACAUUUCAUUUUAAUACCAGUUUAUAAUAAAUUAAGUCAUGGUAACAUUGAGUGAACAGCCUUUUGGAACGUUCGAGAAUGAACCAGUUAGGAAAUUUACGUGGACCACGGGAAGUGGUUUUAGUGUGUCCGCUAUAUCAUAUGGAGCUAUAGUACAAUCAAUCAAGGUUCCAGACAAUAAUGGCACCAUCAGCGACGUGGUGCUGGGUUUUGAUGAUCUACAAGGCUACAUCGAGAAGAACUCCCCCCAUUUUGGGUCGUCAAUUGGUAGGUGCGCCAACCGUAUUGGUGGUGCAAGUUUCACGAUCGACGGCGUGGAGUAUCAGCUGGCGAAGAAUGUUGGAAUAAAUCAUCUUCAUGGAGGAAUUAAAGGCUUUGACCAGGCCGUGUGGAAAUCAACGGUAGUUGGCACUAAAGUUGUCUUCAGUUACUUAUCCAGGGAUGGUGAGGAGGGUUACCCUGGAGAUUUGGUCACCAACGUAACCUACCAGGUGUUGGAUGAUGACAGUUUCCACGUGACAUUCCAGUCGACUACCACCAAGAAGACUGUUAUCAACUUGACCAACCAUUCAUACUUCAACCUUGCCGGUCAUGACAGUGGCGCCCAAGAAUUGUACAAGCACGUUAUAUCUAUUAAUGCCGACAGAAUUACAGAGACCGAUUCAGAAUCAAUACCAACCGGAAAGUUUAUCAACGUAGGUGGUACGCCUUACGAUCUGAGAAUACCUAUCAGCUUUAAAGAGGUCAUGACUAAGCAGCCCGACUUGUAUGAUGACAAUUUCUGCGUCACUACACAAGGAAAUGAGGGCCUGAACUUCAUAUCGCGGGUCCAACAUCCACCAACAGGAAGGUACCUAGAAUUGUACAGCAAUCAACCUGGUGUUCAGCUUUACACAUCUAACUUCCUACCAUCACCGUCAGAUCCAGCACUGGUUGGGAAAGAUGGCGUGGGAUACCGUCGCCACGGGGCCUUCUGUCUCGAGACCCAAGUGUACCCUGAUGCUGUACAUCAACCCAAUUUCCCAACAUCCAUCUUGGUUCCCGGUGAUGUAUACAAGCAUUUGGUUAUAUAUAAAUUUGGUUCUGGUAAGAAUAUACAGCCAGCUGUUGUUUCUGCUUAGAUUACAAUAUGUUCAAUCUAUGAUCUGCUUUUUAUGAAUGAGAGAAAUAUUUCUCUCUCAUCAAUAAAAACUAGAGUCUCUUA